AAGUGCUCCGGCAGUUAUUAAAUAGGGACUAGUUCAUGUUCACACUAAGAGUGCUCUACACGUUCGCACCUCGGAAAACGUUCGUCUUUUUACAAAUAAGAAAUAGCAAGGAGAAGCCUUGAGAGACAUAAGGCUUUAAAAGGAUCUUCAAUAAAAACAAGAAAGUCAAGCCUUGUGUGGAAGACCUCUUCUAUUUGUUCGCUAGCUGUCUAACCUCACAGGGUCACGUGUCGUGAGGGCAGCAUAAUCAGGGUUUCUUACCAUCACUGGCUCUGAACUUUGCAGUGAUAUACUCAUCUCCAGGGAACUUGGCUCUUUUCUUGUUGGCUGAUGCUCUGGGACAACCUGACAGACUGAGAGAAGCAGCUGAUGAGGAUCAAGAGCUCUUACAUUCUCACACAAGGCUGAAAUAGUGGACAUGGAUGAGAAGGGAGACACACACACACACACACACACCUUGAGCAACCCCUCACUUUUUCAGAUUUUGCCAGGGAAAUGGAAAAUAGGUUUUUAUUUAAAUGUACAAACAUACAUGAAAAUACAGCAAAAAUAGAAUUUGUACAUUUCAAAUGAGCUUUAUUGUAAAUAUUUUGCAUGGCCACCUUUAUUAUUUGUCAAAGAACAAUUCAAAAAACCCUCAUGGAACUGAGUUCUUGGGGCUGGUUAACCUUAAAUUGUGGCCCACCAUUGGAUCCAGCCCUGGGUCCAUGGGGCCUGUUCGGGCACAGCACACAAAAAUAACAUAGUUUUGCCACCCUGUGGAUCCACCACCCAUGGGUGCAAGCACUGUGGUUGGGUGCAAUGUUUCUCUAUAGAGACUUCAGUGCCCACAAUGUUAUUGGAAAUCUGUGCAGUGAGUGAGUGAGUGAGUGAGUCCCAUCCCAGGGGAGGGUGGGGUAAAUAAAGUCAUAAUGGGCCAUGUUCAGGACCAAUUCGGAGGAAUCCAGCUCAUCUGUACCUGUCACGGCAGUGGGACCAGGGGUGUUGUGAAGCAGUAGAGCAGUAUCAGAGCACCAAAAGGGCUGUGGCUUUGACAAUUGUAGAAUCAUGGGUGUGAGCACCAUGUUUGGAUGAGAUUCACCCUCGCAUCUCAACAUUGACACUGACAUUGUGGGGCUGUCAAAUUUAACAAACAAAUGUAACAAAUCUAAGCAUGUUUUCAGCAGGUGUUGGAUUCAACCCCUUGUCUCUAACAUUCUUGAUUUAUAUUGACAGGAUUGCAAGGCAUUUCCAGGUUGAGAAGGGUGUGGAAGAGUAGAGCGCAAUCUUCAGCAUGCACUGGUGCAGUUUGCAACACAGUGUGAAAUGUCUGGGAUGAGAGUCAGCACACCCAAGAGUCUGAGGCCAUGGUUCUUUGCCAGAAAAAGAGUGGAAUGGUCUCUCUGGGUCAGAGCUGCCCUGGGCUUAUCCGUGGCCUUCAUCUUAAAAUUCAGAGACAACAUGUUCCAUGUGCUGACUGGCCAGUUCACUACUGUUCUGGUCACAGGCCUCUCCCUCUUCCUCUUUGACUUCCACCCUUCGCUGGACUUCUUCCUCCAGGCACCCACGGUCCUGCUGGCCAUCUUUAUCUACAAUGCCAGCUGGCCCAAGGACCUGGAAUAUAGCCUGCAGCGGGAGAAACUACGGGUCAUCAACGGGGAGGUGUUUGAGAGGUCAAGAGGGGACAGUGAGGAGCUCGAUCUCCUGACAAAGGUAAAUGCAGACAGUGUUUCUGAUGAAGAGUCCUUGUAGUAAUGACAGAGCUCACUCCCAAGUAUCCAGAGGAUACUCUGCAUCUUUCCUGCUGCUGAUAUCGAACUGGACAAUUGACUGGAUGGAACAUGGUCACAGAUUGUCUGUGAAAGCAUUUAUUUGAACAGUGAUAAGCAGGUAAACGGUGAAAGAUACUGUUGAUAGAUUAUAUGAUAGACUCCUAGAAUUAAAAACAAAGUGUUUAAUAACAGAAUUAGCGAAAUGUGUAUAUUUUGGAAACGUGCCUGUCUGUGGAUGACUGCUGUCAUUCAUAUGGGGGAAAGUACCAGCAACGCUGUUUGUUGGAAAAUAAGUGAUACUUUUGGAUUCAUUAUGGAUUCCUUUUAUGGACAGUGUAUUUCUUUACAUGAUUCCUGUUGUACAUGCUGCUAUUUGACUGCUUGCUGGUGCUGGACGUCUAAGGACCAGAAACUGCAGUUUCAGGAUUGUUUUGAUAAUAGAUUUGUUUGAAAUUGUGGUGAUUUUGAAUCUUUAUCCACACUAUGAUGAAUUCAGUUUGUAUUGUACUGUGGAAGAGGCAGUUUAUUUUUUUUAUUUGUUUAUUUUCUGAGCCAGAAUAAGUGGUAUUGACAUAAUUGCCACUAAUGCCUGACUUUCUGUCAGCACCACAAACUCCCUGCCUCUCUUACUUGGGGCUUGAAUAUUUUCUUGUUAAACUGUAAAAUAACAUUGUCUAAAGAUUGUUGUUUGUGCCAUUAAAAUCCUCACGUGUAAAUGCAUUUUCUUGUAAAAUAAAUGGCAAGUUGUUUUACUUCUGUGCAAGUAAUGCAAUUUAAUACAAUCGCUGAUGUCUUGUCAUAAAUUUGUGCAUUUAUUUAAAUACUGAGGUUUUCUGGAGGAAGACCUAAAGGGUACUAGCUGCUCUAACUCCAUGUUUUUCUUCUAUUACUUUGCACAUGCUUGAUAGCUGUUUUAGCUCCCUAUCAGUUCCUUUAAGCCAACUCUUAGAUAUUUUACCCACCUGCUGAAUAACAGUGUUCCACACCCACUAACAUUAUACAGAUCCAAGAGAAAAGAGACUGUAACGCAGUCUGAUGUCUAAG